AUGAACCAACCCACACCCGACAUCCCGCCAGCCCCACGCCUCAGAACAACAGCCGACAUCCAGCCAUCCCCACGCCUCAGAACAACAGCCGAGCCCCCCGCCAUCCCCACCCCGCCCAUCCCCGCCGACCGGCCCGCGCCCGACACCCACGACAGCGCCCGAGUGAACCGCAAGAUCCUUGACCUCGAGAUCAGCAAUGCGUCGCUCCUGGCCAUCAACGGCGCGCUGGAGCGGACCAAGGCCAAGCAGCAGGCCGAGCUGCGCGCGCUGAAGGCCCGGCUGCCGCUGGCCGUCGCCGACCCCGGCCCUGCCAGUGCGUCGGCCGACGACGACGAGGAGGAGGAGUCGCUCGAGAGCCUCGGCGCCAACGACCCCCGCUUCGCCGAGCUCGUCCUCAACCCGCUCGAGAUCGAGCAGCGCAGACUCAAGGCGCCCUCCGACUGA